AUGGAGAGUUCUUCGGAAUCAGAAACUAUUAGUAGAGGUAACGAAAUCGUUAUUAAUCUAGCUAACACACAAUAUGAUGUUCUUGAAGAGGUAGCAAGCUCACUCGGUUGGGAAACAUCUGAAGAUCCAAAUGAUAAAGAAUGCGAUGUCAUAUGGAUUGAUGGUGCUUUACAGCCUGAACAGUUAAGUGAGCUUAAGCCGUUUCAAAGAAUUAAUCAUUUUCCAGGGAUGUAUGCAAUUGCAAGAAAAGACCACUUGGGCAAAAAUUUAAAAACAAUGAAAGGGAUGUUUCCUGGAGAGUAUGAUUUUUUUCCUUCUACUUGGCUUAUACCCCGAGACUUAACUGAUCUUAGAAACCAAUUUAUUGCAAAACUAGAUAGAACUUAUAUAUGCAAACCAGAAGCAUCUUGCCAAGGGAAAGGAAUUUUCUUAACUAGAAAACUAGAAGACAUCCCUGAGCAUUGUGUAGUUCAAAAGUACUUGUCAAAACCUUAUCUUAUAGAUGGGUUAAAAUUUGACCUUAUCCUUUUAAUUGAAUUCAAAAAACUAUUUUUAAUAUUAAUUUUGUGAUAUUUUCCAAAAAAAAAUGUUAUCCCAAGAAAUUAGAUUAUAUGUAUUAGUUGCCUCUUGUGAUCCUCUUAGAGUUUAUCUGCAUAAAGAAGGAUUAGUCCGUUUUGCAACUGAACCUUAUAUUCCACCUACAGCUUCAAACUUAAACGAGGCAUGCAUGCAUCUAACCAAUUAUGCAAUCAAUAAAAAUAAUCCAAAAUUUAUUUUCAACCAUGGAGAAAACGAUAAUUUUGCAGGACACAAGCGAUCUUUUAGUGCUUUUAUGAAAUAUUUGGAGCAAUGUGGAGAAGAUACAAACGCAAUGAUGAAAAAAGUGCACGAUAUGAUAAUAAAAACGUUAUGCAUGGUGCAGCCUCUAUUAUCACAUUUAUAUAGAGCUUCCCAUCCAAGUGAGCCAACAAGUUGUAUUUGCUUUCAAAUUCUAGGCUUUGAUGUAUUUUUGGAUUACAAACUAAGGCCUCAUCUCUUAGAAGUGAACCAUACCCCAAGCUUCACAACAGAUACUCCAUUGGACUCUGUUGUCAAGCAAGCAGUUAUCGGAGACGCUUUAAGAAUGCUUGGCUUAUCAGAAGGAAAUCGGGCUAACUAUUACUUAAAUCAGCCUUGUGAGUUUAAAAACCGAACCCAAAAAAAAAUCAAAGAAGUUCGUGCUAUGCGAGACUUAUUAAAAGCAAAAUCAGUCCAAUUUCGUGACAACACUGAUAUGAAAUUCAAAGGCGGCUAUGAAUUAAUAUACUCUGGCUCAGAUAAAUAUAAGCAGUUUAUGGCUGCAGCAAGGGAUAUCUGGCUCAGCAAUGCUACAAUAAGAAUAAAACGCCCAGAAAUAACAGCUCCUAUAGUGUCACCGCCUUUAGUUAAAGGGAAAACUAAACAGACCCCAAAAGUAAAAAACGAUCACAUAAGACGGGCUUCUUUGUCUCCAUCAAAAUCAAAUAAUUCACUCCAGCCUAAAGCUACUUUACGAGGGACUAUAAAGUUUCCAGCACUCAAAGCUGAUGCCGGAACGUUUUUAAGACCAAGAAUUUUUGAGUUUAAUGAAACUGUUAACCCUCAUACCAUUCUCAAAGGAAGAAGACGAUACAAUUAUAACAUUUAA